CAUUGACAUUGGGAUAGUGUUUAUAUCGAUCGGGGCAAGAAUUAUUUCGUUCAGCGGAUAGGCUUCGCGUAGAUUAGCCCUACAUAUGUUGUCGACACGCGUCACGUGGAUCCCAUGUCGUGCUUUGUGAAGAAACUACCAACAGGAAGGGAUGCGACAUCCUGAACGUGUGAUUCUACCAGUUGGCUUGUUGUGAGCGUGUACGAAAAGUCGUAUCAGGAAACGCAAGUUGUUUCAGUUCUAAACUUGGGUGUACACAUCUAACAGGACGAUGUUUCCAGAAACUGGUGUCAGCACUUGGAGCACACGUGGACGACAGAUCGGAACACUGGUACUAGCGCUUUUCCUCACGAGCACCAACACUGCGACAUCCACAAUCGAUGUUGACGAAGAACGAUGUAUGCCAGAACAGGUUCAUCUGUCAUUUGGCAACGCGCUGUCAGAGAUGGUGGUAAUGUGGGCGACACCCAGCAACUGUUCUACAGCUCUGGUGUAUGGAGACUCAGAAUGGGGCUUCCAUGACACAGCUGAAGGCAAGACCAUCAAGUUUGAUCUAAAGAACCCCAGCGGCGUCCAGUAUCUACACCAGGUCAAGCUACAGAAUCUGAAAGCAGAGACAACGUACCACUACCGCCCUCUCAGUAACAACAUCGGUGCUGGCCCUUUCUACUUCAAGACUCCACCAACUGGACAGGACUGGUCGCCUCUGUUCCUGGUGUACGGAGACCUCGGUAUCCACUCCUACACCAUCCCCUCACUCACACAGGAAGCGCUGACCGGGGACUACACCGCUGUGCUGCACGACGGGGACUUUGCCUACAAUUUGCAUGAUGAAGGGGGAACGGUUGGGGACACGUUCAUGCGGCUGAUACAAGGGAUAUCCUCACAGGUUCCCUACAUGACGGCAGUGGGCAACCACGAAAUCAAUGAUGACACAUUCUCACACUAUCGCCACCGUUUCUCUAUGCCUGGAUCUGAUUGGCCAAUUCCUGUAGAUAAGAUGUGGUACAGCAUUGAUGUGGGACCCGUGCACUUCAUCAGCUAUUCGACAGAGGUGUUUUUUACUCUUGACAAGAAGAAUGUUGGCAAGCAGCAUGAUUGGCUAAUUCAGGAUCUCAAACAAGCCAAUGAGAAUCGAGCUAACUGUCCAUGGGUGGUAGCCUAUGGACACCGUCCAAUGUACUGCUCCAAUGAUGAUGAGGAUGACUGCACCAAGCCGGACUCCCUGGUCCGAGCAGGAUUGGAGGACAUUUUCUACCACUUUGGAGUGGACAUCGUUCUACAGGCUCACGAACAUUCCUACGAGCGUCUCUGGCCUCAUUACAAGGGUGUGGUCAUUGCCAACAACUACACCAACCCUGGGGCUCCCGUACAGCUCAUCACAGGUGCAGCAGGCAGCAAACAUGGGCUGGACCUCAUGGCUAACAGGACAGAUGAUCCUUGGUCUGCCUUCAGACGAGACAAUGGCUCCCUCAACAGUUAUGGCCGCCUGGAGAUCGUCAACUCAACCCAUGCAUUCUGGGAGCAGAAGUCUGCCAUGAACCACGAGCUCAUGGACUCAAUCUGGAUCGUGCAAGAAAACCAUGGACCCUUCAAGACAGAGGAACUGCCGGCUAACCUCACAAAAGAAAUUGAAGAAACCAUUGAGGCCACCGGCGGCAAACCGACCUUUUCAAAAACUGAGACGUCAAAUACGGACUCUGCAAUUGUUGAAGAUGACAAUAACCAACGUAUGGCUAUCGGAAUUGCAUUUGGUUCUCUGGCUGCUGUUGUGCUCAUUGUUGUCAUAGCUGUGAAGAAAUGUCGGCGGAAAAGGAAGGCUGUCCGGAGGUGGGAACAGAUGGAUUUUAAUUACGGGAAAAAGUUCUACUCCCCUGCCAAAGAUCUAGACAAAGAGUUAGAUAAUGAUUUUGAGAUCGAUAUGAGUGACGGAACUCUUCCCACGACCAAAUUGCUGUCUGAUGACUAGCCAAUACUUUCCAAAAUAUGCAUAAUGUCAAAUUGGAUUACUAACUUUGUGAUGCCUUGUGUUACCAUGGUUACAGACUUGGAUAUUGUAAGGCUGGAUUUUCACCAUUCCAUUGUGAGAAAACAUUUUGUGCCUUAUUCACCAUCAUUCCAUGCUUUCUCCAAAUGACUGUUUUAUGUUGUGAUGAUGUUUUAUUGUGUUGUGCAUAAUAUCCAUGACAUAUGCAUUGGGUUGUCGUCCUCCACAUGCUGUGUUGGUGACAUGAGUGGGUCAUGACGCUGCUCACAGUAUUCCACAAGUGAUAGUUUCAAGGACACUUUCAAAGACGUGGCAUAAUUGUAUAACAUGUAUGAGGUACUUUGUUAUUUUUGUUAUUUAAAAACCUGAUUUCUGUAAGAUGUAAGAUAAUGCAUACCAUGUGACCUGCACCGCGAAUUUCAUAUUUAUAAAACUCAUUUCUGUUGUACAAUAAUGCUUACUGUAUGACCUGUAUUGCAAGUGCUUGUAUGGAGUGAGUGAGUGAAUGAGUAUUGUUUAAGGCAACUUUGCUCCCUAUGUCCUACACUUUUUGCAUGACCCUCCCUGAAAAGGCAAAAUGCAAAAUCACCUUAUGUUUUAUUAUUAAAUAUCCAUUUUUUCAUGACCCUUCCCAAGUACAGUCAAGUCUCGUUAAUCCGACACUCGUUAAUCUGACAAUCAGCUUAAUCUCACACUAAUGAUGGAAACCGAUUAAAUCAGUGCUAUUUAGACCCGUUAAUCCGACAGUCUCGCACUCCGACUCCAACACACCUAAUUUGCAACGAAUUACCGAAAUCACUCAUUAAUCAGUCUUGUUAAUCCGACACAGUGAUCAGCGUACUCUGUGGUCAUCUGCCCGGUAGCCAAACUGUGAAAAAAGUACAGAAUUUUCUAUAUUAUUAUGGUUCUGGAAUGUGAGUUUCAUAAGAUUCAGGUUUUAAAUUUUAAGAUCUUACUUGUUUACAUAUUUUCUAUUCAAUUCCAUACAAGUACAGUCCAUCCAUUUCCUUUAGGAAAAGUAAAUCAAAGAGGCACUCUUCUUCCCCUUAUAUCUUCAAAGUCUGUUUUUUAAAUAUUUAAAUAUGGUAGGGAGUUUAUGUUCAAUGUUGCCCUGUUGAUCAGUGAAAGUAAUUAGAUAUAACGGCCUUGAAGUCGUGUAAUGUGACGUAUGCGAAGUGAGCAAAUAGAUGAAGUUUAUUGGAUGAGUGCCCUUGAAUGGUCAGUUGUAUGAUGUGGUCUGUUAGAUACAAGUAUAAGACUAGCCUUAGAUCAUGCUCAUGCCCUUCAAGACUGUAACUACAUGUAUGUGGCUGUGCCUUGAUACAGAGACAGGUACAGAAGGUGUCAGGUUAAACCGUCACACACAGAUCAGACCCAGAUGAAUUCUGCUGUAAAAUUAUCAAAUUCUGCAGUAAAAUUACCAAAAUUCGGUACUUAAAAUUACUAAAUUCUGCUGUAAAUUCUGCAAUAAAAUCAUAACUAUUUUCCCUUCAAUAACUACCGGUAAUACGAACUCUUUUUUUUCUUUAAAAAUUAUAAUCUAUUGCAUUUAGACCAUGUAGACACUUCAGGUUUGGUUUAACAUGUAAACUUCCUGUAGCCUUUCUGUUCCGAAAGAUUUUGAAAAAGUGAGAAUUUUUGUUUUCAAUUUUUAUUUCUAUUGUAGGAUUCAUAUUUCUAUUUUUUAAUUGCAUUAUAAAUGCUUUCAAGUGCAAAAUUUAAUAGAAAAGCAUGAAAAUAAUGAAAAUUAGUGUAUUGAUUCAUAAAAAUGGAAUUCAUCUGGGACUGACGGACAUGUAUCAACAGGUAUACCGUGUCAGUCCGAGUGUCAGUUGGGAGAUAAUGGGAGGAGCCAGUGUGGAAGCAUGGCCUGUGUGUGAUAAAGGAGGUGUAGCAGUUUGAAUUAUUGAAGGGGCGGUCAGGUAGCCUAGUGGUUAAAGCGUUCGCUCGUCAUGCCAAAUGCCCGGGUUCGAUUCCCGACAUAGGUACAAUGUGUGAAGCCCAUUUCUGGUGUCCCCCGCCGUGAUAUUGCUGGAAUAUUGCUAAAAGCGGCGUAAAACCAUACUCACUCACUCACUCACUUGUAUUAUUGAAAAGUCUUCCAUGUGUCAUACAUUCACUGAUGUUCUGUUCUUUCUGUGCAAUCAUUUUGUACAGCAUUACAGGACUUGACAGUUGGUUGUCAAAUAUUUCUUGUUCCUUGCUGUAAGAUUACAGGGAUUUAUCUGGUCCUGCUCAGAGGCUGGUAUUUCCCAAUUCCUACAAUUUUACAAAAGUAAAAAACAUUAAAAAUCAAAUUUAUGAUGUA